UCAGCUCUGGGGUUCAUCUUGGUGUCAUCAGGAGAAGAUCUGGAUGAGUUUGAUCUGAAGAAAUACUCAGCUUCAGAGGAUGUUCUUCUGAAGCUGCUGCCAGUGGUUAAAGUCUCCAACAAAGCUCUACUGAGUAACUGCAACCUUUCAGAGAGAAGCUUUGAAGCUCUGUCCUCAGUUCUCAGGUCCCAGUCUUCACGUCUCAAAGAACUGGACCUGAAAGGCAAUAGUUUGAAGGAUUCAGGAGUGAAGUUUCUAUCUGAUGGACUGAAGAGUCCAAACUGCAAACUAGAGAAACUAAUCUUGUCAGGCUGCCUGAUCACAGAAGAUGGCUGUGCUUCUCUGGUAUCAGCACUCAAAUCAAACCCCCAUCAUCUUCGAGAGUUGGAUCUGAGCUACAAUCAUCCAGGUGACUCAGGAGUGAAAAUGCUUUGGGCUGGACAGAGAGAUCCACAUUGGAGACUUGAAACACUGAGGGUGGAGCCUGCUGGUAACCGAUAUUUAAAACCAGGACCAUUUAGAUAUUCAUGUCAGCUGACAUUUGACCGAGAUAUAAUCAACCAAAACCUCCAGCUGUCAAACAACGACAGGAAGGUGACAAAUAUUCAGAAAGCUCAGUCAGAUACUGAUGAUCUAGACAGAAGAAAUAUUCCUCAGCUGCUGUGUGGAAAUGGUAUCAAAGAUUGUUGUUAUUGGGAGGUUGAGUGGAGAGGAAAAAUAGAGAUAUCAGUAAGUUAUAGAGGACUCCGAAGGAGAGGACUCACUAAUGACUCUGUGAGUGGAAAGAAUGAAGACUCCUGGUGUUUGAGUUGCUCUGAUGACGGUUACAGCGCCGUUCAUUAUAAGAACAGGAAACUCAUGUCAUCAACCUCUUUUCCCACUGUUUCUAACAGAGUAGCAGUCUAUGUAGACUACACUGCUGGUAGUCUGUCCUUUUACAAAGUUUCCUCUGACUCUCUAAUCCACAUCCACACCUUCAACACCACAUUCACUGAUACCUUGUAUCCUGGAUUUACAGUCCUACCGGGUUCCUCAGUGUUCCUGUGUUGAGUCUUAAUUUCUUGCCUUCUGCACCGUACUCGAUGGUUGACGUACAAAUUGUUCAUUUGUUUUCGAGUUACUGCGGUUGUGACAUAUUUAGGUUUGAGGUCUAAUGAGUGAUACACCUUCCUCAGCCAAUUCUUUGCAAGUUAAGGCUACAUGUAGACUGAUAACAAAUUAAGAACAUUUAUGAUUAAAAUGCUGUCAGAAUGGUUUAUAAAUGAAAAUACCAUCUGGUUAUUGAUUUUUGCAAUAGGGAUCAGAAUUAUAUGUCUGUAAACUACAUUUUAUAUAAACAGCUCUCUUCACGUCUUUUGUACUGCUAAAAAUGAUCUGUGUUCUUACUUGUGUUUUAUUGUAAGAUGUUGACCUCUGAUGCUUGUACUUUCUCUGUUCUUAUGAAUAUUGCAUCGUAAAUAUAUGUGCAGUGCUACAAAAAUUAACUUCAGGCCAGAUUUUUUCUCCAGCUUUUUUGGCGAACUCAAAUUAUUCAAAUCAUCAAACUAUAUUUUUAUAACAGACAUAAACAGAAAGUAAAUCACAAAACUGCUUUUAAAAGGUGAUUUCAUUUAUUACGGAAAAAAAGCUUGGGAAAAAUGGGUGUGAAUAAAACUUAUUUAAUCAUU